GUCAUCCCUCGUUGUUUGAAAAGCAAACCAAACAAGACCAAACUGAAACCGCAUUUUUCAUGAUCAGACAGAAAAUCUCAUCAGAGAGUUCAGAAAAAGAUCCGACAGCGAUGCUCAUCGGAGACAAGAUUGUAGAUCACAUUAACAGAGGUUCAGAAGAAGAAGAAGAUGACGGAGACGUUUUCCCGCUUCCCGGGUUUCGGUUUCAUCCGACGGACGACGAGCUUGUCGGGUUUUAUCUGUUGAGGAAGGUUCAGAAAAAACCGAUCAAGAUGGAUAUCAUCAAGCACGUCGACAUCUAUAAAUUCGAUCCCUGGGAUAUUCCAAGAUCGAGCAAUACGGAGAACGAGAGCUACUUCUUCUGCAAGAGAGGGCGAAAGUACAGAAACAGCAUAAGGCCAAAUAGGGUGACGGGGUCGGGGUUCUGGAAAGCCACGGGCAUUGACAAACCGGUUUAUUCUGACAGCCACAAAGCCGCAGGCGACCAAAGUAACUCGGUCAUCAUCGGUCUGAAGAAGACUCUCGUUUACUACCGAGGAAGCGCCGGAAAAGGCACCAAGACCGAGUGGAUGAUGCACGAGUUCCGUCUUCCCACCAGCAGCGACAACGUCAAUAACCCUAACUCUACGUCUUCAUCACAAGAAGCGGAGGUGUGGACACUGUGCCGAAUAUUCAAGAGAAAUGUGUCAAGUAGGAAAUACACUCCGGAUUGGAGAGAAUUAGCUUCCAGCAAACGUGUAAAGCAGCAUCAACCCCACACGAGCUUCCAUCAGGAAGCUUAUAUCAACUUUGGCGACACGGAUAGUGCGGAUGUGAUCCCUCCUCACAUCAAUGAGAAGAAUGUUGUAGCAAACAAGACAAACGACGGAAACAUGUUCCAUUACGCUAAUCAGCUGAGCGCCACGCACGCCGUGACAACAGUGUUACCUGCGGGGCCAGUUCCGGAGUUCUCCAACGACAACCAUCAGGAGUUCUCGUACGGGAACUGGGACGAGCUUAGAUCAAUGGUUGACUUUGCUUUUGGUCAAUCUUCCUCGUAGAACUCUGUAGUAAAUUAUCGAAUCCACGUAUGCGUACGUACAUUCGUACCAAGGCAUGUAUGCAAGUAGCUCUGUUUUUUUUUUCUCGGGUGUAACCCUUGUUUUUAUAGCUGAUGUAUCGUUUUUUGUUUGCAUGUUGAUGAACUGAUCAGUUUUGUAAUAGGGAUAAUUGAUUAUCAGUUAGGGGUGGGCACGGAUCGGAUAUCCGUAA